AUGUCGGGCGGCAGGAGCAUCGACAAAGAGCGCAAGUCGCCCAGGGAAAGUGGGGAGGAUUCCGAGGAUGAAAGCGAAAUCCUGGAAGAAAGUCCUUGCGGCCGCUGGCUUAAAAGACGAGAAGAGGUACAAUUAAGAAGCAAUUGUUCAGCCCGACUUUCCCUGCGCCGGUCACUGACCGCGGAUUCGGCGCUUGCGCAACUAAAAGUCACUGUCGCUUUCUACACUGAUAAUUUUUCUUCACCACCAUCUUGA